AUGACCGCCGAUGACGAUUUAUCUGACCUUUCGUCGUUGUCGUCGCUAUCGCCAGUGCCGUCGGACGUUGAGCUGGAUGGCAAUAGCGAUGACGCGACGGCCAAGUCCAAGUCCGGCAUCCUGAAGUUCUUUCCGAAGCUAUCAGAGCAGCCGCCCAAGGAGCCAUCGCCACCACCACGUAAACGGUCACCCUCACCACCACACGAAUAUGUUCUUGCUGACAAUCCUGAUAUCGCUUUCAUUGUCAUGUUUAGGAGUCGAUUUAGCGACGCUUUCUCGAAGUCCUUGGCUCAUUUUGGGCCGCAGGAGCUUGAACGCGAUGUUGUCGAGCCUAUUCCGGGCGACCGAGUGGAACACUUUCUGUGUGCAAUCCUGGGCUUGCUCUUGAACCGAAAGCAGGAUGUCAAGCUGGGGCAUUAUGGCAGAGCAUUGGAAGAUGCGAUCACGUCGCACAAGAACCAGUGGCCUGCUUCCUGGAAAGACAAGAACCCGUUGUCAGGCGGUGCGACAUUCAACUCAAUGACACCCACUGAGCGACUAACGCUGUUACGCACCCUCAUCCUUUGGGCAAUGGCUUCCUCCGACACUGUCAAAGGUCUGAUUAAUCAGGCAUACAAACAAAACCGUCAAGAAGACGAUUUGAACCAGCCUAGAUCAGUACAACCCUGGGGAUCUGAUGGAGACAAGCGUCGAUAUUUCUUGAUCGAGGGACAAGAUGACACGAAUUUUCGGAUAUAUCGCGAGGGCAACCCGGCCGCCACAAACAGAACUUGGUUCAGUGUUGCCGGUUCGAUUCAAGAACUCAAAGCCCUCGCAGAGAAACUUGAAACUAGAGAUGGUGGCCCAAAGGCGAAGAAGCUGAGCCAAAAAAUGCUGCAAGUCGUUCCUCGGUUUGAAGCGGGUGAAGAGAAACGAAAGCGUCGUGAAUAUCGCCAGAUGCGAAAGGAGCAGUUCAAACGGCCAGAGCCAGGAUUCUCCAUGUACGAAGGUCGUACACGCGGCAAGCGAAUCAAGUACACGUACUCGGAUGAUGAGGACGGCUUCUUUUCCGACUCUACAGGCUACAAGCGAUCAUCUCGCAAUACGGGGGCCAACACUCCUGCAGAGACUGGGCCAGUCACAACGUCCAGUGGCAGACAAAUUCGGGCUCCGCCACGGCUCAACAUGGUGGCGGAUGAUAGUGCUCCUGGAAGUACCCGAGGCGAAAAUUCCGAACUAGAACAUGAUGAUUCAAUUGCAGCAUCCGGACGGCCAAGCGGCCCCGCAGCAUAUCAGGAUACAAACGGCUGGUCGAAGCAUAACUCCGGGGGUGAUGGCAGCGACGAGGAAAGCGAGGCCGAAUUCGGAGACGAUGAAGAGGACGCCCAUGUGCCCGAAGAGUCUGAGUCUGAGGAUGACUUUGAUGACGAAGAAGCCAUGGUCGAGGAUGAUCUUGAUGAUCAACGCCAGAGUUUAGUUGUGAAGCUCUCCGUCACCCCGCCCAAUCUGAGAACAGUCCUAUCUCCAAUCGAUGAAGGUCCCAACAUGCUUCCCACUCCAGACACACAGGAUUGGAAAGUCGAUGCCACAGUCCAGGAGACGCGAACAGUUGAGAUGCAGGAUGCACCGGCGCCAGAAGCACAUUCUAUCCCACUGGACCAGAUCAUGACAGAGCAGACUCAAACAAGCUCAGCGGAUAUCGCGGAAAAGAUGGAUGCAAUUCGGGUCCCGACUAUUUCUGCCAUUUCCUCCACACCCUUGGCUUUUCGAGGGAGCCCUGAAAAGACACAUGCUCAACUAGCAUCACCAUCUGGCGAUUUCAACGACACUAAUUAG